UUUCAGUUCCAGCUGUUGUCGAAUCAAGAACCCCGCUUUGGAUUUUUUAGGAAAAAAUCUACAAAAUGGGACUAGAGUCAAAGCCUGACUUUAAGUUUCCCAUGCACGAUACGCAUCUGCAUAAAUCGUUGCGUAACUUGAAAGUGGCCUGUGUCCUGGCCCUGAUUGCUCCAGUGUGUCUCUACGUUUUUCACAAUGCACCGCGCAAGGCCAAGUACAAGACCUUCUAUUCCAACUACGAUCCAAUGGAUGCCUUUGAGCGCAUGAUGAGCGCCGGUUAUCUCAGCUCCUGUCCGCCGGGCAGUGGUGGCAAGAAGGACAAGGACAAGAAGAAGUAGAACUCUACUCUACGAGAAAAUUACACACUAACUGACACUCGAUAGAAAAGGCAACAACACACAUCCAAAUUCUAAGAAAAGAUAUACAACACUCUUUAGAAAUGGUUAUAGCGUUUGAUUCUAAGAAAUUUUACACCCUAAUGGACACCCUCAACACGAAACUAUUAGCACACUUUUACUCUGAAAACACUGAAUAAAACACUGAGAGCAUUGUAAA